AACACACAGUAAUACGCCGCUACGCUGACUGGUUGUCUGCGCGGAAGUUUCGAAUCGAAUCGAAUCGGAUCGCAACGCGACGCAACGCAACGUAACGCGAGUUCUCAUUUCGUUUGUGGCAGCUUAGUUUCAAAACGCGUGGCAACAACAACAGUCGCUCAUACGUCGCUCUCGGUUCGCAACGUUUUUUUCGUUUGUUUUUUCCCACAACAACAACUGUAUAACACUUAUAAAAAAAUACAAAAGAGAGACAUUGAAAUAGAAUUCUGGCCGAGCAUCGUUUGUGUUUGCCGCGGGUGUAACCUUUAACCUCGCUGAUUACGACGGCAUCGCAAUACUUCAAUACCACAUAAUACAAGUGCCGUCGGUUGGUUUUUUGGUUGCUGAAUGACAACGAAUUGUAUUCGCAGCGCAAACACGGAACACAACACAGCAAGAUCAAGAACGCAGCUGCGAGACCGUCCACGUCCAAUUCAAAUUCUUAUUUAGUUAUCAAAAACGAAACGAAAUAAAAAACAUACUCAAACACAAUCGGCAAUAAACAGAACCGAACAGAGCUCAACUGAACCAAAGUGAACUGAAAGGCGGACAAGCCGAGCGCAUCCGCAACUGCCUCCGUCUUCGUCUUCGUCUACGUCUACGUCUCUGCCUCUAGACGCUCAGCCGCUCAGCCGCUGCUCUCUAAUGCCUUAUCAGCAGCACGCAUCUUCUGGGGCUGCCGUAGGAACACACAGAGACUGACCAGCGAACAGUGGACCGACCUUUUACUACUACUAAACAACUAUAUACAUUUGCUACGUGUAUGUCGUGUAUGUCGUCUACCAACUCAAUUUCGGAGUGCCAUUCUCGCGCUGUCUCGUAAAUUAAUGUCAUAAAUUAAUUUUCGGGGAUCUGGGACUUUUCGUUCUGUUAUCGUUUGACAUUGCAACCGGUGUCGAUCUCGGGAGUCGAGUCCGUGUCCCGUGUCGGGGUUUUUUAAUAUCGUUCAGGAGCGGCUGUCUAAAACAAGUCAACUUUACCUGCUAACAAGUCAACGAGAAGACAAGUGUUUCUCUCUCUGUGUGUGUGUGUGUUCGAGUGUUCGAGUGUGUGCGUGUCAUCUAAAACCCAAAUGUUCCUUAAAUUACCUUGAAGCUGAAAUUCAAAUAAAUUAAAUACAAGCGAAUGAGAAUAUCAAUGCAAAACGUAUUUAGUGAAAUAUAUAUGUAAAUGCAAAACAACAAAAUACACAAAACUAAAUACCUAAUAAUUGUAUAAGAAGAAGUUUCCUUGCUGACGACAACAUUUGGCACACAUCAAAAAAAAAAAGAAAUAAAGAAUCCGAUCGUAAAAAUGUUAAACCUAUAAAUCGAUGUUCAGUGAUUUGAUGUUCAGCAAACUCGCUCGUAAAUUGUGUUGUUUCAUGAAUUGAGACAACCAAGUGUCAAGUGAACGACAUACACACAAAUCUAAUAUAUUAAAGUAUAUCGUGCAUAUGCUUAUAUAUCGGGUAUAUCGGGUAUAAAGCCAAUAAAUAUCUUAUAAGACAAAACGCCGCCACAAAAGCAAAAGGGAUUACUGGACCAAUAAACCAAUCGAAAAGCCUUCAGGAUAUAUUAGCAAACAUUGACAGCAACAAAGAACAACAAAACACAGCCAACAAACAACAACAAAACAAACAUACACCAGACAGACAUCAUCAUCGUUGGAAAUAGACCUCGUGUCAUUCCAAAAGACGCACAUGGGCGUCUGCACCGAAGAGCGCCCUGUGAUGCAUUGGCAGCAGAGCGCAAGAUUUCUUGGGCCCGGCGCAAGGGAGAAAAGUCCAACACCACCUGUAGCACAUCAAGGGAGCAAUCAAUGUGGCAGUGCUGCAGGUGCAAAUAAUAAUCAUCCAUUGUUUCGCACAUGCUCCACAUCCUCAUCGUGUCCAGAUAUUUGUGAUCACAGUACAAAGCCAUUUGGCAAUGCAUACGGCAGCGAGUCAUAUAGAAGCUAUGAGACCGCCGAUCGCGCCACAUUCGAGGACUCGACGGCAAAAUUCUCAAUUAGCCGCAGUCGCACGGAUUGCACGGAGGUUAGCGAUGAGACCACAUCGGGCAUAUCAUUCAAAACGGAACCCUUUGGACCACCCAGCAGCCCCGAAUCCACCAACGAUAGCAAAGUAACCCGCAAUCCCGACGAUUGCGCUGGCUGUGGCCGACAAAUACAGGAUCGCUUCUACCUCUCCGCUGUGGAAAAACGCUGGCAUGCCAGCUGCUUGCAGUGUUAUGCAUGUCGGCAGCCGCUGGAACGGGAAUCCUCAUGUUACUCACGUGAUGGCAACAUUUAUUGCAAAAACGAUUAUUAUAGUUUUUUUGGUACUCGCCGCUGUUCCCGCUGCCUGGCCUCCAUAAGCUCCAACGAGCUGGUCAUGCGCGCCCGCAACCUGGUCUUUCAUGUCAACUGCUUCUGCUGCACCGUGUGCCACACGCCGCUCACCAAGGGGGAUCAAUAUGGCAUCAUCGAUGCGCACAUCUAUUGCAGAACACACUAUAGCAUAGCGAGGGAGGGAGACGCUGCAUCGUCGAGCAUGAGUGCCACAUAUCCGUAUAGCACGCAAUUUGGAUCGCCGCACAAUGACUCGUCGAGUCCGCACUCGGAUCCCAGUCGUAGUAUUGUUCCUACGGGCAUCUUUGUGCCCACAUCGCAUGUCAUAACCGGACUGCCGCAGCCGGCGCGUCAAAAGGGGAGACCGCGCAAGCGCAAGCCCAAGGAUAUCGAGGCAUUCACAGCGAAUAUAGAUCUCAACACCGAGUAUGUGGACUUUGGGCGCGGCUCACACAUGAGCGCCUCAUCGCGGACCAAACGAAUGCGCACCUCGUUCAAGCAUCAUCAGCUGCGCACCAUGAAGUCCUACUUUGCAAUCAAUCACAAUCCCGAUGCCAAGGAUCUGAAGCAAUUGUCGCAGAAAACGGGUUUACCAAAGAGAGUCCUACAGGUUUGGUUUCAGAAUGCGCGAGCCAAAUGGCGUCGCAUGAUGAUGAAGCAAGAUGGCAGCGGCAUGCUGGAGAAGGGCGAUGGCACAUUGGACCUGGAUAGCAUUUCGGUGCACAGUCCCUCAUCGUUUAUGCUGGGCGGUGCGAACAGCACGCCGCCCCACAAUCUUGACUAACAGCUGCUCAGGGAGAGGGAGCAACAGCAACAGUCGCAGCAGCAGCAACAGCAACAUCGCCACACUGACUCCAGCAAUGUGAACACUAACGCCUCCAACUCCAAUUCCACCUCCAACUCGAAUGCCACCAGCGUAUCCGCCUCUGCCACAGCAACGGCAGCGGUUGCUGCUGCAGCUGCUGCCUACGCAAUUGAGUUGCAACUGCUGCACGCAUCGAGUGGCAACAACGGAUGUUGCUCGCCGGCGCUGCUCUCGUUGGCGGACCUGUUGAAUGGCACUGACGAUUAGUAGUUGUACUCGUACUUGGCCACAAAAUACUCAAAUACUAGAGAGAGAGAAACCUUUACAAACAUGCAUACAUACACACAUUCAAUUACAUCAAUAUGUACAUCACAUAUUUACAUACAAAGCACACACAAACGCCUAGAGAAUGUUGUUUAGACGGGCUGCCUCAAGUUUGCUGUUUGCAUUAAGUAUUUUUGUAGUUGCUUCUAGCCAUUCAGACAGUCAAUCAAUCAAUCAAUCAAUCAGUCAGUCAGUCGGUCAGACCUUGAGAUUGAUUAGCGAUUAAAUACAAGAACUCCUCCAAGCAGCUUCUCCUCCAUCGAUCGAUUGAUCGUUCGUUCGAUCGAUCCUCUUUAUCGAGUAGCAGUGUCUGAGAUCAGAUCUUAUGCACCCAUCAAAAAUGUUGUUUCUAUUUCUAUCGUUCAUUUGUAAAUAUGUACUAGAACCUUAGUAAUUGCUUACAAGAAAUUAUUGUUAAUACUUAUACUAUAUAUAGUAUAUAUACAUAUACACAUAUAUAUGUAUACAUAUGAAUACACACAUGCAUACAUACAUACAUAUAUAUUGUAUAUCUACCAUACAUAUUAAAUAAACAAAUCUAAUAUAUAAAUUUCAUAUUUAUUGCCCAAAUUAUAUAGUUAGAGAUGAAUUUAGUUUAACGAAGCGAUCUAUAUAUAUAUAGAUAUAUAUAUUAUUAUUAUCUGUCGUAGUAUUACGCUAAUUUACUUGCUUCGAUCCACACAUGAUGAGACGCUGAAAUAUGAAAUUAUAUUAAAUGAAUCGAGAUCAAGUUAUGAUGAGCAAUGGAAAAAUGCAAUUGAAGCAAAGUGAAUAACAGAAAUUUGUACUUACAAAUAGAUUAACCAUAAGUCGUACCAUAGAAGCCAAAUAAAAGCGAUUAAAAAAUAUAUAAAUGCU